UGCUCCAUUACAAAACCUCAAAUCAGGUGAAAUACAAGCCGAAAAGACGAGAAGCCUAAAUCCAUGGAAGCUCAUAACAGUAACGAAGAUUUCGCAGUAGGAUGCAUACUCUCCAUCAAGACCACUCUUGGAGAAGAAUUUCAAGGCCAAGUUUUGACCUUUGACCGCUCAUCCAACAUACUUGUUCUCCAAGAAGGAUUAAAUUCAGGGUCAGGGCCAAAGAGGAAUAUUAGGCUAUUGAAAGCCAAUUACGUAAAGGAGUUUACUUUUUUGGGUCAAGGUGAAGACCCUCUUGAUCUCAAGAAAUGUUUUAUUGAUCUUAAUAAUCUUCAAGCCAGAGAAGACUCUGCUAUUAGGCAAGCUGAGUUGGAGGCUGAAAGAUUUGGGAUUGGUGUUACAGCUGAAGCUCAGAGCAUUUUUGAUGCUCUGUCCAAAACGCUUCCAGUGCGCUGGGACAAGACUACUAUAGUUGUGAUGAAUGAAGUGCGCGUUAGUAGCCCAUAUCUUCCUGAGUCCGUCGUUGGAGGAACUCCAGCUGCCAAUGAGCGAGUGCGGAAAGUGCUUGAGUUUGAGAGGAAGAGAUUACAAACUCGCUCUGCUGGUCAAUGACUGUUACUCUGUCAUGCAUUGAGGGUGAAUUGGUGCCGUCAUGUUCGGAUAACUAAGGGAAUGGCUCCUCAACUAUCUGAGGAUCAAGUUCUUUUUGGAUUGGUACCAAAUUUUGAUGGAGAAGUUUGUCUCAUGUAGUUGUAAGAUGUUAGAAGUUUAGGCAUUCAAGGAAUUUUGUUUUCAAUAAACCCUGGGCUUUGCUUUCUUUAUCGCCACAUUACUUCCCAAUGCGUUUACUGCUGCAUGCUGUUAAUUUGAUAGAGGGCAUGGGUUAUAUGCAUCCAGACAGAAUUACGCCAAGAUAAGCUCAUGGGCUGAUGCCUAUUAUUAGAUUGUAAAAUGCAGUUUCUCAUUCUGUUCUGGGAUGAUCAAUGUAUAGCAGGAAAUCUAGGCAGUGAACUUCCCAAUAGCUGCCUUGGAGAAAGAAGACAGAAAUAACCGUCUUUAGGUUGGAUAUGCUAUUAAUUUUUCACUUACAGCACAUUAGAUCAGAACUGGGUUGAGUGUUGAAGUGGAAAACUGCUGUGCAUACACAUGUAUACGUAAAUGUAGUCAUAUGUCCUCAAUUUUGUGGUUAUGUUGACCACUUGUGCCUA